AAUGUAGUGCUGCUAUCUCGUAAAAUAUUCAGUGGCAGAGGAAGAUGUGUGGUAAAAGAUGAGGGGAUGGAAACGUGGUACGUCUAGGGGUGGAGUAUGGCCAAGCAUCUUCCUCAGGGACCUUGCAGGAAGAAUCUGACCCAAGAACUAGUGCCGCCGCCAUGGCUCUGGGCGAGGCGGACGCGUUGGGCCCCGAGGCGGAGGAGAGCAGGGCCCAGGAGCUGGAUGUGAUCGCCCGCGGGAGCGCCCUGGAGAGCUUCACGGAGAGCCAGGAGGUGCGGGGGCUCGUCGGGGGCCUGGCGGCCGUGUGCGGGGACCGGGCGGCUCGGGAAACGGCCGUGGAGAAGUUCAUAGUUAUAAUGGACAAGUACCAGGAGCAGCCUCACUUGUUGGAUCGCCACUUAGAAUGGAUGAUGAAUUUGUUGCUGGAUAUAGUACGGGACAGUGCAUCUCCUUCCGAGCUAUUUCAUCUGGCUUUUAAAUUUCUUUACAUCAUUACAAAGGUGAGAGGAUACAAACUUUUCCUCCGAUUGUUUCCUCAUGAGGUUGGUGAUUUACAGCCUGUUUUGGAUAUGCUUAUGGACCAGAAUCCAAAAGACUGCGAGACUUGGGAAACUCGUUACAUGCUUUUAUUAUGGCUCUCCAUGAUAUGCUUGAUUCCUUUUGAUCUGGCCCGGUUUGAUGGAAAUACUGUUUCUGAAGAAGGGCAUGCUCGCAUGCCAACAAUGGAUCGCAUACUUAAAGUAGCAAAAUGUUACUUGGUUGUCAGUGAUAAGGCUCGAGAUGCAGCUGCUGUACUGGUUUCAAAAUUUAUUGUUCGCCCUGAUGUCAGGCAAAAAAGGAUGGCAGACUUUCUGGACUGGACUCUUUCAAUGUUAUCUAAAUCCUCCUUUCAGACUAUGGAGGGGACUGUUGUUAUGAAUGGCAUGCUGCAGGCUCUGGCACAGUUAUUUAAACAUGGCAAAAGAGAAGACUGUUUACCUUAUGCUGGUACUGUACUUGAGUGUCUUGAUAACUGCAAGCUAUCAGAAAGUAAUCAGAUGGUUCUUCGCAAGCUGGGGAUGAAACUUGUUCAACGACUUGGACUGACAUUUGUGAAACCAAAGGUAGCAAAGUGGAGGUAUCAGCGUGGCUGUCGGUCUCUGGCUGCCAAUCUGCAAGCUAAGGGUUCGGUUACGCAGAAUCAAAUGAUAAAUGUUGCUGCUAAUGAAGCUGAGGAUGAUGAGGCAUAUGACAUUCCAGGAGAGAUUGAAAAUGUUGUAGAGCAAUUGUUGGUUGGACUGAAAGACAAAGACACUAUUGUCAGGUGGUCUGCAGCAAAAGGAAUUGGUAGAAUAACUGGAAGACUUCCAAAAGAAUUAGCAGAUGAUGUGGUUGGGUCUCUGUUGGAUUGUUUUAGUUUUCAGGAAACAGACAAUGCAUGGCACGGUGGAUGCCUGGCUCUGGCUGAAUUAGGCAGAAGAGGAUUGUUACUCCCUUCCCGGAUCUCAGAUGUGGUUCCUGUCAUUUUGAAAGCUCUGACAUAUGAUGAGAAGAGGGGAUCAUGCAGCGUGGGUUCCAAUGUGAGAGAUGCGGCGUGCUAUGUGUGCUGGGCCUUUGCUCGUGCUUAUGAUCCCUCAGAACUUAUUCCAUUUAUUAACCAGAUUUCAAGUGCGUUGGUUAUUGCUGCAGUAUUUGAUCGUGAUGUUAAUUGCAGAAGAGCUGCUUCUGCUGCCUUCCAGGAGAAUGUUGGGAGACAGGGCACUUUUCCACAUGGCAUAGACAUUUUAACUGCAGCUGAUUAUUUUGCUGUUGGUAACAGAGUUAACUGUUAUCUGACUAUCAGUGUGUAUAUUGCUGGUUUUCCUGAGUAUACACAACCAAUGAUCGAUCAUUUAGUUAACAUGAAGAUUAACCACUGGGAUAGUGUUAUUCGAGAACUUGCAACUAAGGCUCUGCAUAACCUUACUCCACGGGCUCCUGAAUACAUGGCAAAUGUGGUUUUGCCAAGACUGCUACCUUUAUCAGUGGGCACAGAUCUGCACACACGCCAUGGGGCAAUUCUUGCCUGUGCUGAGAUCACCCAUGCACUGUGUAAACUAGCCGAAGAGAAUAAUAGAUCUGUAACAUAUUAUUUCAAUGAAAAAUCAUUGGAGGGACUGAAGCAAAUCCAUCAAGAGCUUUGCGGUCGACAGUUGUACAGGGGUUUAGGUGGAGAACUGAUGAGACCAGCUGUCUGCACUUUAAUUGAAAAGUUGUCACUAUCAAAAAUGCCAUUUAGAGGAGAUCCAAUAAUUGGCGGCUGGCAGUGGUUAAUAAAUGACAGUCUAAGAAGUCUCCCUCUUGUUUCAAGCACUGCUCGACAGCAUAUAAAGGAAUCUGCAGUCUCUGCACUUGCUGCAUUGUGUAAUGAGUAUUACAUCAAUGAAAAGGGAGAAGCUGAUCCAGCUCUACAGGAUGAGCUGGUGACACGGUACAUUUCAGGACUACAAAAUACUGAGGAAAUGAUUCGUUGUGGCUUUUCACUAGCUCUUGGGGCUCUUCCAAGAUUUCUGCUAAAGGGCAGGCUCCAACAGGUUUUGGAAGGUUUAAAAAAAGCUACCAUAAUUUCCCCUGAAGAUGUGAGCUUUGCACAAUCCAGAAGAGAUGCCCUAAUAGCAAUUGCGAAGGUUUGCCAAACAGUAGGUGUAAAGGGAGAAGGAUCUCAGGAAGAAUAUGUCUGCAAAGACAAUGUUACUCAGAUUUAUGCUACGCUACUUAAUGGUGUGACUGACUACACCACAGACAGCCGAGGAGAUGUUGGAGGAUGGGUACGUAAAGCUGCUAUGACAAGUUUAAUGGAAGUGACGCUUUUGCUGGUUCAGAAUGAAGCGGAGUUAAUUAAUGCCAACAUUUGCAAACAGAUUAUGUGCUGGCUGGCCCAACAAGCAGCUGAAAAAAUUGAUAAAUUUCGAGCUCAUGCAGGAUCUGUGUUCCUUACUCUUUUACAUUUUGACCGUCCUCCAGUUCCACAUAUACCUCAUCGAGAAGAGCUAGAGAGGAUAUUUCCAAGGUCAGAGACAGAAACUCUAAACUGGAACGCCUCAUCAGAAGCUUUCCCUCGAAUCACCCAGCUUUUGGGUUUACCGACAUAUCAAUACUAUGUGCUUUUGGGUCUCUCAGUGUCUGUUGGUGGAUUAACGGAGACAACGCUCAGGUACUCUGCCCAGAGCCUUUUCGAGUACAUGAAGAAAAUCCAGAAUGAUUCCAGUGAAAUGGAGAGUUUUUGUGAAACAUUACUCAAGGUCUUUGAGGACAACCUGCGGAAUGACCGGGUGUCUGUACCUCUCCUGACAAUGCUGGACCAAAUGCUGGCAAACGGCUGUUUCGAUAUAUUUACCAUGCAAGGGAACCAUCCAUUUCCAGUGAAGCUAUUUAACCUUUGUAAAGAAGAGAUCAAAAGAUCCAAAGACAUCCGGAAACUUCGCUCUAGCAUAGGAGUGUUUUGUGGCCUGAUUCAAUUUGAAGGAGACAUGAGAGAGAAAGUUCUGUUUCAAUUGUUUCUCCUCCUUUGCCAUCCAUUUCCUGUAAUACGGAAAACAACAGCCAGUCAGGUUUAUGAAAUGUUGAUAACCUACAGCGAUGUAGUGGAUCCUGCCAUUAUGGACGAGGUUAUGACCAUACUCAGCGAUACCAACUGGGAAGCUGAACUAACAGUAGUAAGAGAGAAACGCAACCUCCUCUGUGAUCUCAUGAAAGUGCCCAAACCACAGCUAGUAUCCAAGAGUUCAGCACAAUAAAGUUGCAGGCACUGACUGUUGCUUUGCAAACUGAAGCUCUUGGUUCAGGUGCCCUUAGGACUGAAAGAGUUUGUGCUACGGCAUCUUGACAAACUGGAUUCUCAGCAUGAGCUGCGAAGUACACUGUUUAACAAAAAUAAGAGGCAGAGAUUAUGUCUUACAGCAUUGUGCAGAUAUGCCAUAGGAAGGCAACAAAGAUUCAUUAUGUUCUCCGUUUUUAAAUUCAUUAUCUGUAGCCACAAGAUGGCAGUUUGUCUUCAUACUUCUGUCGCAAUUGACCUGUUGGGUUUUAGUGUUGGUUUGGUUUUUGUUGUUUUGUUGGUUUGUUUUUUGCUGUCAAUGAUUUACACUCCUACAGUUCUGAAUGGAGCCAUUCAACCUGUGCUUGCUGUACACACAUCAAGUAUUAAACCUGACUUGGCUGCACUCCUCUCUUAAUAUUUUUUUCUCAAGAUAAGAAUGGCCAUGCUUAUUGAUAUUUUACUUUUCAGGAAAAUUUCAUUAUAGCUGUAGAUAAAUAUGGCAUUCUUGCACCAAAGUCAAACAAAAAAUCCAGGUUUUGCUUCAGCUAAUGUCAAAGCAUCGUCUAAUAGCUCUUCCUAUAACUAAAUAAAGCAAAUGUAGUAAAGUAGCUCUAGGGACUGAAACUUGAUUUUUUUCCUUGAAGAAUACAGAGGUGAAUCAGUACUUCAGGGUACUGCUAGGAAUUCAGAAUAUUCCUUAUUGACUACAAAAUGAAAUGGCUGUAACAUUUAUCUUUAAGACUACUGUGAUUGUAGGGCAAAUGCACAGGUAACAUGAUAUUGUAAUUAUAUCUUGUUUUUUGUGGUUUUAGUUAAUCCUGCUAUCUCAGCCCUUUAAGUAGAAUAGAAAUAUAUACAUAUACACGUCUAUGAACAUUUGUAAGUUAAAAUUCAAGAGGAAGAGCUAAAACCAAACCACUUUCUCUGUGAAGUACCUGCUACAAACAGCAGCAAUAGUCUAAUGUGAGUGUAUCACUGUGUCGCUAAGAUUUUUUAUCUUUGAAGAAGAUAAUUAUACAUGAAAAACUACAUUAUUCAACACUUUUUGAGUAUACAUGCAACCUGCACUGGCAGAUGAAAUUCAGGGCAGAUGGGUGUUGUUCUCUGAUGAACUAUUAAACAAACGCGUACUCAGUGGCCGUAUGCACCGAAGGGGCCACUUGCACUUACUCUCGAUCCCUUAGCCUAUGGUGUUAGGCAGGGUCAUUAAUUUCCUUAUAGAAUGUACUAGAAAUUUUCAUUUUGCUCUUGCAAAGUUAUGCUUUUAGCUCCCUGUUGCAAGGAAAACAUGUUACAUUGGCAAAGCCAGCUUAUUCAAAACAAAAACAGAAAAACUAAGAUGGUCCAGUGAAAAUUUUGAGCAUCUCCACGUAUAAUCAUCUGGCUACCAAAUGAUGAUACAUGUGCUACUUUUCACAGUCCUGAACCAGAGGCUUUAAUAUCAGUACCAGCAGUAGGCAGAGCUUUACCUCGCCAUGCACCAGCUGUUGCUCUCUGUAGCAGGGAAUAAGCCAAUAGCAGGGAACAGUUGAGGGCCCCAAACAGUGUUUGACAGAAACCUCUCUUUACAUGGCUGUUCGUUACAGGCUUUGCUUGGUGCAUUUUUAAGCCUUCCCUAUGGUAACAGUCCUCUUGUAGGCUUAUGGCCUGUAUUUGAUGAUUACUUGAAUUAGAAAAACAAUUUAACAAUCAAACUGAGUUUGGUAGACAAUUGUGCAAUAGUAAAAUGAGUAAAUACCAUUAUCAAUGGCGUAACUAGGAGGGCCCUUAAAAGGAAGUUACUCAGAGCAAGGAUUAAAUUAAUGAGGCACAAAUUACCAAAAAGAUCUAAACCUCUGAACACCUGGGGCUUCCUACACACACAGAUACAUACAGAAUAACACACAGAGCUUCAAUGUCACUGCCUUACCUUGGUUUUUAGUUAAAAUGAUAAUAAUCCACCCCUUCUGUCAAGUUCAGCAUAUUCAAGUUUGUUUCAAAUGCUCCUCCUGUUAAAUCCUACAGGGGAAAAAAAAAAAAACAGACAAAUGUAUUUCAGGUUGUAACAGCUUUUGGUAAUUUGUUUUUUUGUUUUUGUUUUUUUUUUAGACCACAGACAGAAAGUCCAAUUUGCAGAGCUAAACAUAAAUAAAACAAGGCUUAGAGAUGUUUCCAUUCAAAAAUUAAGUUUACGGUGAGAAAUUAGUCUUCACAUUAGUACCUUUGGGUGUGUAUAGGGGGAUGUUAAACAACUCAUUCCAGUGCAGUCAAGAACACAGGAAACUACUACACUGAGGGAGCACUGGAGAUAAACAUCUGCAACUCUGGAGCAUUUUGUUUCCCAAUUUGCAGAGAAUGGACCAAGGGAAUGAGGUUGCCAAAACAGUGAUUUUGUAGAUUUUGAACGAUGAUUAGCCUGUCUGAUGAAACAAACCUUUCAUCAAGUUACUGAAAUAUUUUGUGUAGGUAAAGGUGUUUCCUUUUAAGCUGCUGUUGCAUUAGCUGAGCAGGAGCCUGAUACGUUUGCUCCAUGAAUCAUUUUUGAAGGCAGUGAAACAGACCCUAACACAACUGUGAUGUCAUUACAAAAACGUGUCGAUGUCAAUGUUUCUGAGUAUUUCUACAUUGGCCUCCUCUACUGGCUUCCUCCUUAAUUCUACUCCAGGAAUGUCACAAAAAAUGAAUUAACUAUUAGGUGUAGGUAAACAAGUUUACUUCAGUACUCUUUUGGUUGGUUCAGAGCUGCCAUACUGAAGUUGUAACAAGGCACACCAGUACUGCGUGUGUUCAGGACAGGAAGUUAUGAAAACAGAAUCCAACCCAAACUGGAAUUAAAGGAGCUGGAAUGCUGGAUUUUGGCAUUCUGGAAUAACUGGAUUCAAAAGAAAUUGCUCAGGGAUCUUUUAUAAACCUGCGAUCAGAAACUAAGGGUUCUAAUGUAUAUAAGAGGACAUCUUGGCUUAUCCAGCUUCCCAGCUUGGCCCCAUCAGCUGAACUGCUUGUAAACAUACUCACGUAGUAGCUGGGUGUUUGUUUCUUGGAAACCUUCCAUUCAAGGAACAAGGCUAUCUCAAUCAACAGUCAGUCCAACUACAAAACACACUGACCUGUCCCCUCCAAACUUCUUCAUUGUUUCUCCUGCUUGAAUUUAUACAUGAAAGGAAACGCUGCAUGAGUAUAUUUCAAAUCUCUUGCUCAAUCAGCAUGCUAUGCCUCAAGAGCAGAGAUUACCUCCCCUCUCUGCUACGCCAUUCUCAUCUACCUGCCACAAUCUUCUUUUUGCACUGGUAAGGCAAAAAUAUACGAAGACAACAUUAUCUGAUCCAGAACAUCACCAAAAACCACUACCGUCAUAAAAUUACUUGAGCUCCGAUGUUUAGCAACAAUUAAAAGAACAGUGGUAAUAGCUAAUGAAUUGUCAAAGAGCAGCAAAGGGCCCAUAGCAGUAGACUUUUUAAGCAAGGGCCUCACCUAGGUAACAUGUCUCUUAGCUGAUUGAUAAGGCCCUGAGUGGGAAAGCUGUUGAGUAUUUUUUUUACUUCUUGAAAAUUAAGAAUACUUGACAGUAUUUAAGUUCUCUGAAGGACCGGGUCCUAGUUUUGCAAUUAAUUUCAAAUCUCAAAUUGCCAUUGGUCCAUGUGCAAAACUGACCACUCGUGUCAACAGGGAAUUCUAGUUAGAAAUGCAGGCAUUGAUCAUGACCUUUAGUCUCCAGUAAUGAUUUCAUAAACCCGAGAUUACCCAAGUUAGGACACAGGGUAUGGAACAGUUCUGAUUGGCUUGCUGAACAAUCAGCCUGCUCUAAAGAAGGGUUAAAAAAUAAAAAUGAGCCCAGAUGUGAUAUCAAGCAGGAGAGUUAAAAACAAAUCUUCCAUUCCCAGAGCGCAAGACUGAGUUGACAGAACAAGGCAGUGUUUUACAAUAACUGGUCUAACAGUGAAUUUACUGAAAACUUUCCACAAUCCAACUAGUUUAAUUACUGAGACAGAAUACUAGAAAAUCCCUUUCAUUUCAAGCACUUGGAAUUCAUGCCAAAACAGGGUACAAUAAGUGAUUUCUAAGCAUUUUGCUUUUACCUCAAAGCAAGAGAAAAUACACAGUGCAAACCCUUAGAUGAAGUGGUACUGCAGGCUGCUACACAAUUCUGACGAGCCAAAGCCACGAUUUUAUGCUCCUGAGCAAAAACUUCAAAACACACACACAGAGAGCACAGACUUCCAGCUUACAGCCUUUGUGAAGCCAUUUUAAAAGCUUUUUUUUUUUUUUUUUUUUUUUAAACUGAG